AUGUACUCGGACGGCAUCGACGACACCCCUACCAACCUCACCCGGCCCAAGACCGAUGCUACGCUCACCAUCCGGGUCAUCAAGUCAUUUGCGUUUCGCACCGAGCGCAGUCUCGUCCUCCACCAUGCCAACCUCGAAACGACCACCGUCGGUCAGCUGAAGGACAUGGUCAGGCAAGCUAUCCAGACUCAACCCGGCUGGAAACCGUACCGUAACGCAACGUUUGAUACGAUCAAGCUCUACACCAGAGCCCAUGGUGCCAAGACCACGAACUUGAUCAUCAACCUCGAUCACGACGAGUGGAUCUUCGAGGACGAGUCCGUGAUACUCUGCGACCUCGAGAACGAAUCGGAGGUCAGCUUCUUCAAUCGGGUUCAGUACGAAGAAUUCAAGACCAAUCCUGACACAAAGUGGGAAAGCUAG